AUUGCUUGUAUCCGGGUUGUGCCAUAAGUGAGACAACUGUAGAUAUCGCUGUAGUUAUAUAGCCUCAGCGGUAGUCCCCCUUUAAUUUGAAGUUACAUUACGUCAUCGAAGCCUCGUUUUCACACUUAGCUGCCCAAACCCUAACAGUGUUGAUCGCUCUGUAAGUGGCUGGUAGCUUGACCGCGGCAAUUCAAGAGAGGAUUUCUGAACAUCACAAGGAAAGGAACAGUCAACCGUCACAUCGCUAUACUGAUUGAUACACGGGACCACAGUUAAAAUGCCGAUAUCCAGAUUCAAUACGGUAGUUCCAUGCCAUGUACUUCAGACCUGUCGAGAGGAGUCUUACGAAUCACGCAGGGGUUCGGCGAGACACAAGAAUCUUUUGGGAAAUAUCCAAUGUAGUAGCACCAGUAAAUGGCCAGUCACCAAGAGGAGCAAAGCUGAUACGCCAAAUAAAAACCAGGAACCAACAGAGUGGGGAGAGGUGAACCAAGAAGACGAGGCAGGAAGCUGUGUGGUCGAAGACGUGAAUCUACAUGGCUCGGCCUGCAGUUCACUCGAGGUCCACGGGAACUUGACUUCCCUGUCAGCUGCUUGCGCUGAUCACGAGACUUCCAGCUGCCUUUACCCGGAGGAUACUCGAGCAGAUCAAGAAUAUUUAUCUUCCCUCCUACCUCAAGAUAUACGAGAGGACCAAGAAAACGGAUCCAGCCUACCCGCAAAUCCCAACCAGCUGACCCGCACUGAAGCACUUGAUGACCUAUCAGAUCAGAAGAAAAUGGCCUGCCCUCAAGGACCAGAUACACUUGUUGAUGAAGAACAGUUGGCCUGCCCUCAAGGACCAGAUGCACUUGUUGAUGAAGAACAGCUGGCGAUCCCUCAAGGACCAGAUGCACUCUUUGACGAAGAACAGCUAACCAGCCCCCAGGGACCAGAUGCACUUGUCGAUCAAGAACAGAUGGUCUACCAGCAACAAGAUGCAAUUUUAGAUGAUAAACACUGGGGCUGCCCACAAGAACAAAACUCACUUACAAAACAAGGGGAACUGACCUGCCCUCAAGAACAAGAUCCACUUGUCGAUCAAGAAAACCUGACCUGCCCUCAAGGACAAGAUCCACUUGUCGAUCAAGAACAGGUGGCCUGCAAACAACGAGAAGGUGCAAGUGAAGAUCGUGAAAGGUUGGGUUACAGCUGUCCCCAAAAAACACGUGUCCUUUCUGAGACGCGUUCAGAGCAAGAGUUGGGAGACGCGCGUGCUGUACUACAACAGCACGUGGCGCGAGAUUCUGCCGGAGACAAUUCUGCAGCUGACCAGACGAGGAGCUCUCGCCGCCAGAAACCACUGAAGCCUAACACAAGCUGCCAGCAAACGUGGCUGAAUAUUGCUUAUGCUUUCGUGGUCUUGUGCACUCUGACCUGCGGUGGACAUUGCGUCGAUCCACAGCAGCGCUGUGGGAAAGAUCAGAACUUGGUGCCUCUUCACGACGGUUUGUGCGACUGUGCUCCCGGAUGUCGAUACCGAGGAGACACUUUCGAGAACUGCCGACGAGGGUUCACGGAGCAUAGUCUUUGUUUCUGUGAGGCAUGUCCGCCAGAACAGCUGCGUGAUAACAAUAACGAGUGCGUUCCACCUGGCUGGGAUAAGCCGGUAUCCACCUCGACAGCCAGUUUGACCCAAGACAUCACCACAAAGCCGACUCUGGAUUUCCAUACUGAGCCUACCUGGAACACCAGCGGCGUGCCGGGCGACAACAAGACGAAAUCGUCAGGUACAACCCAUAGGUUUGGGCUAGUGCCUGAAGGGCUGAUUAUUAUUGGUUUAAUCAUUGUAGCAUGUGCUCUCCUGAUUCUCUGUAAGCAUGAAAGGAUAAGGAAUGUGCUCCGUAACUGUAAUCCGAUGUACAACCAAUUGUCUCCACUUAGGGUCUAGCUAGGUGCAUCCAAACAUACCUUAAUCGGCUUAGUGUAUACUUUUCUGUCUCUAAUCCAUGACAACGAAUGUGCUUCCUAAGAAAUUCUUCUCUUCAUAUUGGAGUGUACAUGCUAAUAAACCGUUUAUAAUGUCUCAUAACAUCUCUCCAGAAAAGAUUUAAUUUUUUUUCAUUACGAAGGUGGUUUAUUCACCACCAUAAACAUCAGUUUUGAUUAACUCUGGCGAAACAACCACAUUUAUCCAAUGAGACAUUGUCAAAGAUGUCACGAACAAAUGAUUUUGAAUGUGGCUAUGAAAGAUCUGAGAUUCUGCAUUUUUAUUCUUUGCUAAAAUGUACAGACUCACC